UCAUUACUGUAAUAGCCCCAAGCACGAGUCCAUACGCGUCGCAACCCAUCGAUAUCACAUACACAUGAUACAUGCAUCGAAUGACAACGCUGCCAUAUCAUAUCUCCAAAGACUAAACUCGCUCUCUAGAAUUUAUUGGUAAGUUUGAUAAGACAGAUCCCUCUGUUUUCUUGUUAUCUCUCCUGGGCCUCAGUCACUCAUCCUCAUCAUCAGACCUCCCAAUUUCAAUUUCGAAUCCUCUCUCUCUGUCUCUCUCUCUCUCUCUCUCUCUCUGUGUCUCGCUCGAAAUGGAGACUCGGCCCUGCCAACACCGUAGGUGUAGAAUCCUACUAUACCACGACAGUGCUCCGUACACCACAUCUAUUCCUCCUUCCCCGCCAAUUCUCUUCCCGCGCCACUCCUCCUCCCUCCCUCCCUUCGGCUCCCCAGGUGGUGCAGCCACCACCACCUCCAGGCACACCCUCCGCCAGCCACCCCCGCUGACGAGGCCGCUGCCGCUGGCCCCGGACCCGCCCUUCGACUCCUCCGUGGCCCUAACCAUCCUCAUCCUCCUCGGCGCUUUAUUCUUCAUGGGCUUCUUCUCCAUCUACAUCCGCCGCUUCGCCGACGCGGACGACACGGGCUUGAGCAUCGCCAGGGGCCGCCGCCGCCACCUCCGGGUGCUGGCCCCAUCUCGAAGUCGAAGACCCCCGUCCGGCGGGCCGUCGCGCUGGGUAGCAGGCAAGGGCGUGGACCCCGCUGUCAUCAGGGCCCUGCCUACCUACGCCUACGACGGGUCCGCGAAGUACCAGGUAGAUUGCCCGGUCUGCCUGAGCGAGUUCGUGGAGGCAGAGACGGUGAAGGUGAUCCCACACUGCGAGCACGUGUUCCACGUACACUGCAUCGACCAGUGGCUCCAGUCCCACGAGUCCUGCCCCGUCUGCCGAGCCACACAGCUUCUCGAGGUGGCGAGGCCCUCCUACGUGGCGGACCAGGUCCCUGACGCAUGUCCAACAGGAAUCAACGUUGUGGCACAGGGGACAUCGGCAGCCGUCGAGGUUGACACGUGCGCGGAAUCAGGGGCACGGGAGGCGUCGAGGGCGAUCAUGAAAUGUAGCAGUUGGUCUGACUUAGGACGAGGAGGAGGGGAUUCGGUGGGAGGUCGACAGGCAACGAUGUACAGAACGUUGAGUUUUUGAUGGCACGUGCGAUGGCGUCCACGCACGUGUGGAUGUGUAGAUAACUUGUAGCCCGUACCUGGUUUUGUUGGUUAAUCACAUCAUUAUUUGCCAUAAUUAUCACUUUCCGGUUAGCUUGAUGUUUACUUUUAGGUCCAAAAAAAAAAAAGAGGAGUAAAACAUGAAUUGUACUUCGGUACCUUGUUUCAUGGGGUGAUGAUAUAGUAGUUCGGAAGGAAAAAUAAUCAGCACGGUUAUUUUAUUUCUUACCGUCCGAUCCUCUUAUUUAAGAUUAUGACCGUAUACGUGUCAUUGAUUA